AUGGAGGCAGUCGAGCAAGCGCGAAGCAGCAUCUCCCACGACUCCGACGCGGGCCCGAGCGAGAAGCAAGAAGAUGUUUCGGAGACACCUCUUGAGCGUACCCAAACCACCGACUCCGCCUACCCUUCCAACAAAGAGGUCAUUCCCGUCAUUGCCGCGUUGAUGCUGGCCAUCUUCCUUAUGGCUUUGGAUCGAACAAUCAUUGCUACUGCCAUCCCGCGAAUCACUGACGAAUUCCACUCCCUCGAUGAUAUAGGAUGGUACGGCUCAGCCUUCCUCUUGACCAGCGCCGCCUUUCAACUCCUCCUCGGCCGCGUCUACACCUUCUACACUCCCAAAUACAUCUUCCUCAUCAUCAUCGGCAUCUUCGAGAUCGGGAGUGCAAUCUGCGGCGCCGCUCCCAACUCCAUCGCCUUCAUCUUUGGCCGUGCGAUUGCCGGGAUAGGUGCAGCGGGCAUGAUGACUGGUGCGGUGGUCCUCCUCGUCAGUGUAACUCCACUCAAAUCUCGUCCGAAGUGGAUCGGUCUCUUUGGUGCUGUGUUUGGGAUAGCGUCUGUUGUUGGUCCUCUACUUGGCGGCGUGUUCACCACCGAUGUAUCCUGGCGCUGGUGCUUCUACAUCAACCUCCCCAUCGGCGCCGUUGUAAUCGUCAUCGUCGCCUUCCUUCUCAAACCCACCGUCCCCAGCAACAAAGGCCUCACCAUCAAACAGCAACUCGCCAAACUCGACCUCCUCGGCGAACUCUUCCUCUUCCCCUGCAUCACCUGCCUCCUCCUCGCCCUGCAAUGGGGCGGCAGCACCUACGCCUGGAGCAACGGGCGCAUCAUCGCCCUCUUCACCCUCUUCGCCGCCCUGCUCGUCGCCUUCGUGCUCGUGCAAAUCUUCAUGCAAAAGACCGCCACCGUGCCCGCGCGCAUCAUCCGCUCCCGCUCCAUCCUAGGCGCCAUGUGGGUCACCUUCUGCAUCGCCUCCAACAUGCUGCUCGUCAUCUACUACCUGCCCAUCUGGUUCCAAGCCAUCCAAGGCGUGUCUGCAGUGCAAUCCGGCAUCCGCACGCUGCCCCUCGUCCUCGCCGUCGUCGUCGGCUCCAUCGCCGCAGGCCAGACCGUCGCGCGAGUAGGCUACUACGUGCCACUGAUGUACCUCUCCGCCCUGCUGAUGCCCAUCGGCACGGGCCUCCUCCUCACCUUCGAAGUGCACUCCUCCGAAGGCGUCUGGAUCGGCUACCAGAUCCUACUAGGUCUCGGCAUCGGCGUCGGCAUGCAGCAGGGCAACAUGGCCGCGCAGACGGUGCUGAGCAAGCAAGACGUGCCCAGCGGCGUGGCGCUCAUCAUGUUCUGCCAGAUGCUCGGGGGCGCCAUCUUCAUCUCCGUCGGGCAGAAUAUCCUCGAUUCGCAGCUCGUGCAGCGCCUCCGGACGGUGGCGCCGGGCUUGACGGCGAAGCAGAUUGUGAACACGGGCGCGACGGAGUUGCGCAAGGCGGUGCCGGCGUCGCAGCUUGACGCGGUGCUUGUACAGUACAAUUUGGCGCUGCGGCAAGUGUUUCUCGUUGGGGUGGUCGUGAGCUGUUUGACGAUUGUGGGUGUUGUAGUGGUGGAGUGGAGGAGUGUAAAGGGCAAGCAAGGCCCGACGCAGAAACCGGAGCAAAAGAAGGACAUCGAGGCAGCGGCGGCGGUGGAGGAGAAGGUGUAG